AGCCCACCGUCUCCAUUUCCACCCGGAGAUCGAGCACCUCGCGCACCCGAAAGAUUUGUUUCCUGAUAAUGGCUUCUGGUGGCUCCGUUUCCGGCACGCAUUGCUUGUGGAGAACAUGCCUCUGAUUUUCGAUACUGGGUUCUUGGGUGUCAUUGUUGUAUUUCCACAAUUUACUUUCUUCUUGGGAUUCAAUGGCCAUUUUCUUGGCCGACCUCGUCUUCUCUUGAGUGGUGCUUGUGAUGUUAGAGUUUUGGUGUUGCUUGUCAUAUCAAUGGAGCCAUGUUGUUUCGUUGGGUUGGAAGGCACUGCGGCCGACGACGACGUUGUUGUUGUUGUUGUUGUGGUGGUGGUGGUGGUGGUGUUGUUGUUGCCGCUUUUGCAUUUCAGCAUUGCUGGAACGUCCGAGGAUUUUUUCUUUCCGGUUUUGCAUUCGGUUGUGAGAGUGUCUUCUGCUUCCAAGCCGAGGAUGUCCAUGACAGCUCUGUUUCUUGGUUUUCCGUCCCGUCGAGGCUUGCCCCCAUGUGUCUCAUCGUCGUGAUCUGUGACCAACGGAGUCUCUCUCUUUCGUUUCAAGAUUCUGGAGGUGAUGGAAGACUUCGUAAGGGUGGGGAUCGGGUACCUCUUCAUUGCUUCAUGCUUGGCUGGUUUGGAAUGGAUCCGUUUUGCUUCCACUGAAAUGAUGUGCUUUGGCUGGGCUGGCUGCUUGAAAUCAAUCCUCAUAGGACUGUCUUCGGAGGCACUGGGUGUGGUUGCACUGCUAUAGGACCUUUUGUUGCUUCUCUUCGUCUUGUUUGAUUGAGAAGGUGAGUUGGUUGAUACCUCUGUGUGGUGAAUCCCUCCCGUCUCGAGGGGUGAAGUUGUUUUUUUCGGUCUUCCUCUUCUUUGAUUGUAGUUUUUAUUGAGAAUGGCAAUCCCGAGGUUGUCGUUUGUGGGUGGUGAAACUGGUACUAGCGCUGCUACUUCUACUUUCUUCUCCGUCAUCAUCUUCGUAUUUGCUGCGGCAGCAACAACAGAUGGGUUCAUGUGGUUCUUGCAGUCCAUCUUGCUGUGUUUUGGUUUUGGGAUUAGAUCCACUUUUGUGGAUCGUUUUGCUUGGUCGGCCUCUGUCGGACCCUUGCUUUCAGUGUUGUUUUCUUCUCCAAGCGGCCAAACCAAAUCAUCAGAAAUACCUGGAUUCUUGCCUUUAUUUGUUGAGCUGCAAAGUUGAUACUCCAGUAUUCUCUUUUUCCCUAGUGUUGUCAUGUUGUUUUCUUCCUUUAUCUCAUGAAUGAGUUGGCUUCUCAAACCUGUACUCAAGUCUUCUUCUUUCCCUUCUCCUUCUACUUGUGUAUCGAGAAGUCCUUCAAUCUGAGUAUUUUGCUGACAUUCUAGUGUGAAUUCUUGUGGGGUUGUUUUGAAAGCAAUCGAUGAAACUUGUGUAGAUGUUGUGAAUAAUUUUUGGUGUUGAGAUUGACAUUUUUUACUCCUCUCUGGUAUCUAAAGUUUGAUACAAUUGUUGAUAUCAAUGACGAAGCAAAUGUUUUGUCAGUAAUGGUUACAUGUACCUAAAUUUAAACAUUUUAUUGAAAAAGAAUUAUUAUAAUAGUAGGGUUCAAUAAUUACCUCCAUAUCAGUUUUUGUAUCACAUGAAUUUAAACUAUCACUUCUUUUGAUGAUAUUGUCUCUUUUAUCAUGUCUUUUCGAUCGAUACACAAAUGUAUCACGAGGUUUAGAAAUCAAAUUUUCUUCACGAAGAAGUGAAUUAAUGACCGCAUCCAAAAUUUCUCUAUAAGCCGCAUUCAGUGUAGCUGUAUGAAGUUUUUGUUGUACAAAAUCUAAUGCAAUUUUACGGGGUUCUUUUAGAAAUGCACUGUCACAGGUACUAUUUUCACCGCCAUGCUCUGAGAAGCUACAAUGGUGCAGCGAAGACUGUUCAAAAAAUGUGCCUUUCUUGGCAAAAACCAAGAGUUUGUCUAAUUGUAAAGGUUCAAUCAACGCUCCAAUAUGAAAUAUCUAAUACAAACCUUCAAACUACCAUAGAGAUGGCCAACAUGAUACCAUUCCCAAAGCUGCCACAAGGAGAACGGUCCUUUGAAGCGAUGAUCAACUCCUUCAUACUCCCACAAUGGUUCCAACCACAUCUGCGUUCUCAACCGUAGAACAAUGAAAUCAAAAACUCAAACUGUGAGAGUAGAAGAAAUUGGAUUCACGGUGAACUAAUGUCUGAGAGAGACGCAGCCUAAGAAGAAGAAUCAGAAGAAGAUGAUGGAGGGAGGUGAUGAGGGUACCUGGCGUUGACAGGAGUCAGAAAAGGGUUUGGACUUGGGUGGUGGAUGGAAGAGGGCGUAGUAAGGCAUGGGUACAGCAGCAGCAGGUGGCUGUUGUUGUUGCUGCUGCUGCUGGUGCCGGUGCUGGUGAGGGUGGUGAGGGUGGGGAGAGGAGGGAAUGGCAAAGGGGCACAAGUGAGGGAAUGGAGGUUCCAGGUGCAACAGCCCUGGCAUGCUCAACCGUGAGGCUGGGGCUGCGGGAGCAUCACCAGCUGAAAACGCAUCUUUCUCCUCACGCCACUCUUCUCCUCCUCCUAUCCCUCCCCCUCCCAGCAGAAUCACAAGUGGGUGGUGGUGGUGGUGAUGGUGAUGAAGAAGUAACAAUGAUGCUUCCUCUGCUUCUGCUUCUUCUUCUGCUGCUGUGGCAGAUGCAGGGAGAGGGAUUGAGGGCAUGGAUGUCCAAUGGGGAGGAGCAGAAGCCUGGGAUCGGCAUGUGAGGCCUCCUACAGGGGAGACCAUCAUCAUGUCCCUCUGCCGCCUUGUAACGACGUCUGCUGCGGCUGUUGUUACUUCUUCUUCUUCUUGCGGAGGUGGAGAAAGACAGGCAAGGUGGUCUUCUGCAGGCAGAGGCAGCGGAGACGAAUCAGGAGGAGAUGCUCUUUUUCUUUUUGUUUCUUUUCCUUUUCCAUUAUUGUAGUCGUCACCUUGAUUGUCAUCACCUUUGUGCUGAUGGAGGUAGUGCUGCUGCUGCUGCUCUGCUGCUGCAAUGGCGCUUCCCAUCUUGGCGUUUGGCCACACAGUUGUGGUGAGUACUGGUGUUGGCCCAUGUGACAAUGGCCGGACAUUCAAAGCAUGAGUUGUUAAUUUGCUCUUCAUAUUAUGCACAUAAUCCAAAUUUUUCAUUUCCA